UACUACGUGAUCUCCCCAGUCCGUGGACAAGGCGCGUGAAGAGCAAACGCCCGGCCCAGACGCGGGCCCGACGUGGAGUUAGGAAAGGCCAUUCGAAAAUUAAUCUUUUAGAAAUAAACUUGACCAGUGAAUGAGUCAGUCGUCGGUCGCGAUCUGUUUCUCUUUUAUUCUAACUUCACGUGUAAAUAGGUAGUUUAUUAUUAAAAAUGGAAAUCAUAGAAGAGAGUCCAUCGAGCAGUAAAGGGGAGAGCCGAUGGCUGCAAGUAGCGCGGCGGCGGCUGCCGAUCCUGGAGUGGGCGCGGCGGUACGACCGGCUGGCGGCCGUGGCGGACCUGGUCGCGGGCGUCACGCUCGGCCUCAUGCUGGUGCCGCAGAGCCUCGCGUACGCCUCGCUCGCUGGAGUGCCGCUGCAGUACGGCCUUUAUUCCUCCUACAUUGGCACCAUCUUGUACGUGUUCCUGGGCACGGUGAAGGAGGUGUCCAUCGGGCCGACGAGCCUGAUGGCGCUGCUGACGCUGCAGACGUGCCGCCACCUGCCGCUCGAGAGCGUCGUGCUGCUCACCUUCCUCUCGGGCUGCAUCGUGCUCCUCAUGGGGGUGCUCCGGCUAGGUUGCCUGGUACAGCUGAUAUCGCCAUCAGUAACGAGCGGGUUCACAUCAGCGACUGCGGUGAUCAUCAUGGCGUCGCAGGUGAAGGGACUCCUCGGCCUCAGCUUCACCGCGGAGACUUUGCUGGAGAAUAUACAGAAAAUUAUCGCCAAGCGGGGUGAUGUGCGCCUCGGAGACUGCCUGCUGGGACUGGUCUGCUGCACCGUACUCUUGUUACUCAGGAAACUAAAAGACGUGAAGGUGAGCCCGAAGCGGCCCAAAUUGCAGAAAGCGCUGUGGCUCAUUUCGAUCAGUCGAAAUGCGCUGGUCGUCACUGUCGCCGCUGUGUUUGCCUACUGUACUUAUAAUCCGAAUAAACUUCUCGUCAAACUCUCGGGUUAUGUAGAACCGGGCCUGCCCUCGAUAGCACUGCCACCAUUCAGCAUCACCUCAGAAAACCACACUAUACCCUUCACGGAGAUGGUGCACGAGCUCGGCUCUGGGCUGCUCAUGAUACCUUUUGUCAUGGUGUUAGCUAACAUCGCUAUUGCAAAAGCAUUCUCGGGCGGCGGGCGCGUGGACGCGACGCAGGAGAUGGUGACGCUGGGGCUGUGCAACGUGGCGGGCGCGCUGCUGCACGCCAUGCCCGCGUGCGGCGCCUUCACGCGCUCCGCCGUCUCGCACUCCAGCGGCGUGCGCUCGCCCGCCGCCGGCCUCUACUCGGGAAUCAUCACGUUGCUAGCUCUAAUGUUCAUAACACCGUACUUCUACUUCAUCCCGAAGGCUUGCAUCUCGUCAGUUCUCAUCUGUGCUGUCGUGUUUAUGGUGGACAUCGACAUAGUGCGCAAGCUGUGGCGGUCGAGCAAGAGCGAGCUGGUAGUGGUGGUGCUGACGUUCGUGGUGGCGGUCGCGCUGACCGUGGAGCUGGCCGUGCUGGCGGGCGCGCUCGCCAACCUUGCUAUGCUGCUGCGCGCGAUCAUGAUGCCGCCUCUCAACGUCUACACUGUCAAGAGCUCGCGGGGCGCGGCGGCGGUGUGGGCGCCGGCGGCGCUGCUCGUGUACGUGAACGCCGAGCGAGCGGCGCGGCGAGCGGCGGCGGCGGCGGCGGCGGCGGCGGCGGCGGCGGCGGCGGCGGCGCACGCGCACGCGCCGCUUCUGCUCGACGGCGGCCGCCUCGCGCUCCUCGACCACUGCGCCGCGCAGAUAUUAGAACGUCUCGCGAAUAAAUUGAAAAGCAACGGCCAGCGGCUGAUCAUAUUCAACGUGUCGGCGGAGGUGGAGGAGACGCUGUCCACUCUUCAGCACGUGGACAAAAGUGCGUUCCGCAGUCGCACCGCGAGCGAGGCACUAGCGGCGGCGAGCGAGCCGCGUGACCCCGAGACGGGCCCGCUGCUGCCCGCGGGACACGACCACGCUUGAUAUUUCGGUGGGGGGACACAGGAUAAUAUCCGUAGUCUCCCUUACUAGUCGAAUUAUUUUCAGGACUAUCAUUAUUGUUAACAAUAAAUUCAGUAUAUGCGUCUUCAACAGGGCCGUAGCUGGACGUAUGUUUAAGUCAGGACAAAAGAACUUUUUGGUAGGGCAUAAGCCAUAAAUAAGUGACUUUGAAAAAGCGAAUCUGUCUAAUUAUUUUAGGGCCUUUCAUAUUAAGGUAGGCUACUGGGCCUUUUAAGGUAGGCAUUGCCUGUCAAUGCCCCCCCUCCCCAUCCCAUUACGGCCAUGGUCUUCAACCUUCACAAUGGCACUGAUAGGAGAGUGAUUUUUCGAUCGACAAAUAAAAUAAUCAAAAUCUAUUCCGAAUUGGUAGAGGCUACAGCGAAGCUCGCAUUUCUGAAGUUAUAAAUAGGUGAAUAAUGUGAUAUUUUAACACGGUUUAUAAUAAGGUGAUGUAAAUUAUACAUAGUUGUUAAUGAAGUAA